CUCAUUCGAUUCCCAGCAGUCGAAGCACGCAGACGCAACCGCUGCGAUCGUCGCGAGAUAUUUGUGUUCGAUCAUUGUUUUCGUAUCGUUCGGGUUAACCACGUUCGUUGAGUGUCGUGUCGACUUGUGUUUACCGUUGUGCAGUGUUAAACUAUUUACGCUUUGUCUUGUGGGUGCAGCACCCCCACCACCCAGCCACCCACUACACAUACGCACUGUCAAGUUUUGUGGUGCCCAAAAGUAAUCAAAUGACACGUGCUUGAAAUACACAUUUUACUAUCCAUCAGUGGCGGCCGAAACAACAACAAAAGCAUAAGCCAAACUUGGGAUUACCUCGGCAUUGUUUAUACAGGAAAGCGGCAUGUCCUUUCAGCGUAGCUACAGCAAGGUCUGGUGGGGAUCCGAGCAGUCCUCCCUGACCAGCGGCGGUUUCUAUUCGAGCUUCAGCGGCGGGAGCAGCACAUCCAGCACAUCCAACUACCCACAAAGACAGCCAGCAUCCCUCGGCCCCCUGGGCAAUCUGUCCUGCAUCCAGGAGGUGGAGGACGAGCAGAACAGCUCCAAGCUAUCCUGGCACAAGCACGAUAGCCCCGGCAGUCUGCGCAGUCAGGAUUCGGGCUUCUCGGACAAUGAGGAAUCGCAUCAGUUGCAGCAUCAGCAGAACUUAUCCCCGCCAUCGCCACAAUCCGAUAAGCAGCAAACGCCCGCGGCCACGCCCACAUCCGUACAUUCGGUGGCCACGCCCCCAACUGUGGUGCGCCGAGUGGGCAACUCGUCGUUCUACUCGCCGCUGAUCAGUGUCACGCGCCGAAUUUCCUUCACCAGCGGCCAGAUUACGCCCAAGACGAGGUCGGGAGAUGAGGAUGCCGAGGAUGCGGAACUGGAGGCGAGUCGGAGUCGUCUGUUCGAGCAGCUGGAUAGCAUGAAGCUGGACGAUGGAGAGGCAGAGGCCGAGGAGGAUUCACCACCGCGUCCGGCCAUAAGACGCCGCAGGCGUCUGAUGCGUAAACCCAUGCCGGAACCGGAAGCGGCUUCGGCCAGCGAGGAGGAGGAAGUGGUCAUAGCACCACCACCACCGCCGCCGUACAACAAUGAAACUGUUUACUUGGGUGAGGCGCCACCGCCGUACAACAAUGAAACGGUGACUUUUGGAGCCACCGAGCAGGAUGAAAGCCUCCAGCAGCAACCUUCCCCCUUAAGAGUCAGAUCCUUGCGUUUCACAGCUAGCACCAGCACACCAAAAAGUGGGUCCAAGAUUGCGAAACGGGGCAAGAAGCACCCAGAACCCGUGGCCAGUUGGAUGUCGGAACAGCGCUGGGCCGGCGAACCGGAGGUGAUGUGCACCCUGCAGCACAAAUCGAUUGCGCAGGAGGCAUACAAGAACUACACCAUCACCACCAGUGCGGUUUGCAAGUUGGUCAGGCAACUGCAGCAGCAGGCUCUGUCGCUCCAAGUCCACUUCGAGCGGAGCGAGCGGGUUCUCAGCGGACUGCAGGCCAGUUCUCUGCCAGAAGCCCUUGCCGGAGCCACCCAGUUGCUGUCCCACCUGGACGACUUCACCGCCACUCUGGAGCGACGAGGUGUGUUCUUCAACGAUGCCAAGAUCGAAAGGAGACGCUAUGAGCAGCACUUGGAGCAGAUCCGAACGGUGAGCAAGGAUACGAGGUACUCGCUGGAGCGACAGCACUACAUCAAUCUCGAAUCCCUGCUGGACGAUGUACAGCUCCUGAAGCGUCACACUCUGAUCACCCUGCGUUUGAUCUUUGAGCGACUGGUUCGCGUCCUGGUGAUCAGCAUUGAGCAGAGUCAAUGUGAUUUGCUAUUGCGGGCCAAUAUAAAUAUGGUAGCCACCUUGAUGAACAUUGACUACGAUGGAUUUGCAUCGUUAUCCGAUGCCUUCGUCCAAAACGAGGCAGUGCGAACCCUGCUCGUCGUUGUGCUGGAUCACAAGCAGAGCUCCGUGAGGGCCUUGGCACUCCGGGCUCUGGCCACCUUGUGCUGUGCUCCCCAAGCGAUCAAUCAACUGGGCAGUUGUGGAGGCAUCGAAAUUGUAAGGGACAUCCUGCAGGUGGAAUCCGCCGGCGAGAGAGGAGCCAUCGAGCGAAGGGAGGCAGUUUCGCUGCUGGCCCAGAUUACCGCCGCUUGGCACGGAUCGGAGCACAGGGUUCCGGGUCUGAGGGAUUGUGCUGAGAGUUUGGUAGCCGGUCUGGCCGCCCUCCUGCAGCCGGAAUGCUGCACCCAAACGCUGCUCCUCUGCGCCGCUGCCCUGAACAACUUGAGCCGCAUGGAGGCCACCUCCCACUACUCCAUCAUGUCCAACGAGGCCAUCUUCCGGCUGAUUGAUACCCUGGAGCACCAGACUUGCGGCACAAGCGUCUUUCUCUACGAGCAAAUCGUUGGGAUGCUGCACAACAUGUCGCUGAACAAGAAGUGCCACAGCCACUUGGCCAACGGCGUCAUCAUAAAUUUCAUCACGUCCGUGUACCAAACGGAAUUCUACCAAACCUACGGCUCACGUGCGGAAAGCGAUGCCCAGCGCCGCACCAUCAAGACCAUUCUGCACACCCUGACCCGGCUGGCCAGCGAUUCGCCGACCCUCGGAGCAGAGCUCCUGGAGCAGUGGCAUCUGCCGGACCUGCUGCGUCAAUCCCUGGCCCUUAAGCCCGCCAAUUCGCAGCAGCAGCAGCACCUGGACAGCAGCUACGGCGGGGACAUAUCCCAGUUAGCGCGACAAUUGCUCCGUGCCCAUGGACAGGAGCAGCAGCUGCUGCAGGCUACUCCGGCGCCAGGCGGAUCCUUCUCCAGUGGCCACCAGACGCCCGAGGCACAAACCCAGACCAAUUCCAGUGGCAUGUCCAGCUCCGGCAGCAAAACCAAGGCCAAAUCGUCGGCGUCGCCGCUGCUCAAAUUCAAUUUAACACGUCAGGAGAGUUUCGUCUAGUUUUCACCACCUGAGGAGGGAUGGGCAUGCUCCAAGAACUCAGUGGAGCUGCACAGAGAGAAAUCCAUGACCAAGUUGUACAUUGUCAUCUUACUCACGUAUACUGUUAAUAUUAUUGUUAAUAUUAGCUGCUAUAUAUUAAACCUUUGACUUCUUUCCGAUUAAGCUGCAAUGGUUAGCUUAAUAGUUUAUCAGUCCAAUCAAAAGACACCAAAUUUUCUCUCUGUGUGGACACGUUCUCCGGCCGGACACAAGCCGGAAGCUCAGACGUGCGUCAAGUGUUAUUACUUUGUCUAGAAUGUUGCGUGACCCGUUUGGACUCGCUCCCUUAGUCGCUUAUCCUUGCUGUAUCCUUGCUGCUGGAUGUAAACGAAGUAAUUUUUAUAUUUCCACUCAGGCAAACAAAACAAACGGAGAGGCGGAGCGAGAUGCCAAAUAAAUAGGAAUACAAUUUUUGUUUAGUUGUUUUUAUUUAUUUUUGGUUUUUUUUUUUUUUUUUUUGCUUCUGUUGCCGAGGCAACUUUUGGCAUUCUUGUGUGCUUAUAACAAAAAUGCUCUUAAAGCACUGUUUCACUCGGCAGCCAGAUUUAUUUUAUGUUUCAGUUGAUGCAAAUGCAAGCUUGACAUUUUGCAUUCUUCUUGUAAAUAUUUUCGCAAAAAAUCCUUAAACUAAACCCCAUACGGCUGGCAACUUAAAAACCAAAAACUCGGAAAAUUCCUUAGCUGUAGCGAAGUCCUUUGUGCCAAAUAAAAUGAAAAAGAAAUUCGAAAUAUUUAUUUCUUCUGAACUUCGAGCAAUUAUAUUGCAUAACAUUGUAUUAUAUACGUAUAUGUAUUUACGCUUUUCACCAAUGUUUGGAGUAAUUUCUAAGUUUAGUAUAAGAUUAUUGAAGCCACGUUACAAUUACAAAUAUGUCGCUUAAAUAAAAUCAAGAUGUGUUUAAAC